AUGCGGUGUGGGCUGCGGCGGCUGGUGCUGGUGGCGGUGGUGGUGUCGUCGCUAGCGCCAUUGCUGCUUGUGCUGCUGCAUGGCUCGCAGCAACAGCACGGGCAGCAGGAGGUCGUUGAUGCAGGGAAGGGUGAGAGUGGCCACCACACACAGAGCUUGGACCGUCGGCAACAGCAGCAGGAGUGUUUGUUGCAGACGCACAUCGUGAAGGCCAGUGAACCACUGCGUGCAACUGGGUGGUGGCAGGGCCAUGCGACAUGGACGCAGCCAGUUUCACAGGGCCAGCAGUGCUGGCAGUCCCUUCGCACUGGAGGCAGCGCCGAGGGCAUUCGGGCCAUCUACCAGUACCUCGGGAUCAAAGCGGCCCUGUCACCCACCAUGGAGUUCUCGCAAGAUCCUCUCAUGACGCUCAAGUUCUCAGCCAAGGCCACCGGAGAAGGCGGUGGCGAGCAGGGCGCGGAUCGAGGGCCACAGGCGCUCAUUGUUGUGAGCCCGCACUCCGAUGGGUACACGCAAGAAGACUGGUCCGCCUGUCUCGCAGCGCUAUAUGCUGACGACUCCAGCCAAGCACAUUCACAUGCGCCUGGGCCGUGGCCAUCCACAAUCAAGUGCCGCCUGACAUCGCUGUCGCCACCAUCCGAAGACGUUGCAGGCACCCCCGACUCAGCCCUCGUCAGCGAAGUGCACUUGGGCCGCAGCGAGCUCGGCCUGUCCGCACGCGCGGGUUCCACCGUGAUCUUGGACGUGAUUGUCGGGCUCGCGUGCGUCCGGUGCACACACACGGUCCAGUUUGAUGCUAUCGAGCUGGCUGUGGUCGACGGCAAGACGGGCGCUGCACUCGCUGCUGCUCCCAUGUGCCCGCGCACGCCAACGCACAUGCCACAACACGCGCGAGAGGGCAGCGCCCCCACGACAUUGCAGACCAUGCAUCUGACGGGACCUCCGUUCAAGCAUCCUCUCAGCAUCGUCACCCAGGUGUCGCUGGACCGGCUCUCGCUGCUGCGCUACCUGCCGAGCACAUGGAGUGGGCCCGUCUCCAUGGCCGUGCACCACAGUGAUGACAGCGACGGUGGUGACGGUGGUCGGGAGAGUGCGGCGGCAUGGGUGCCCGCUUUUGUCCUCAAGCAUUUGCGCAAGCUCGCCCCCACGCAACCGUGGGCCGCCACCUUGACCCUGGGGCGAACAGGCGAGCCGUACCCCAUCAACGCCCUGCGCAACGCAGCCAUUGAGGGUGCAGCCACGGAUUUCGUGUUCAUCAUGGAUGCAGACUUUGUGCCCACGUCGAAUCUCAAGGACCAGUUUGCGCUGGCUGCUGGGUUUGUGGAUGGCAAUGGGGACUCUGUGGCCCGCACGGCGUUUGUUGUGCCUGCAUUUGAAAUGCUUCAGGGUGACCGCGCGAGUAUUGGGGUUGGGGAUUUGCCCAAGACAAUGGAGCAGCUGGUGGCGGCCAUGGAGGCCGGAACGGUGCGUCCAUUUCGGGAAUCCGUUUCUCCGCUCUCACACGCGGCGACAGAUUACAGCUACUGGCGCCACGCCUACACGCCAUACACCGUCGACUACCAGGUUGACCUGUAUGAGCCAUAUGUGAUUGUCCAGAAAACAAACCACCUGCCUCUAUUUGACCCCAACUUUACAGGCUACGGCAUGAACAAAAUCUCCCACUCACUUGAGCUCCACGCGGCUGGCUAUCAGUUUGUCGUGGUGCCUCGGGCAUGGAUCAUGCACCUUCCGCAUCCCGAAUCACAGCACGCGCACAGGUUCCUGCAUGAUGUUGUGCGGCAGGCCGAGAUUCGCGUGCAGCGGUUCCAAUUUGUGCGGCAUCUCCAAAGCAAAUUUGCCUUGGAUUGUGAUGGAAGCGACAAAACAAAGAGUAGUUGA